AUGUAUGUCUCGGAGUCCACAGCCGGCCCUACGGCUUCAAGGCCAACACUAACAUCUUGUUCAAUAGCGCUCAAGCAGCAGAUCAAAGACCGACUGUGUCUCACGGCUGACUUACCUUCGGCUCAUCCGACCUCAUCUGCUUGGCAAGAGCCGGCUGCCUCAAUCGCUACUAUUCAGUCCGAGACGCUUCCGCCUGUAACAGACAUCGCCAUCAUCGGUUCUGGCAUUACCGGUACAAGUGUUGCUCACACCUUGCUCAACCACCCCCGAGCUUUCAACCUGCGAGUGACCAUCUUGGAGGCUCGGAAUGCUUGCAGCGGGGCUACGGGUCGUAAUGGCGGCCAUCUCAUCUCGGACACCUGUGGCCAUUUCGAGCACCUAGUUGCUUCUUUGGGCCCUGAAGAGGCCGUCAAAAUUCUGCGAUUCUCCGAGGACAACAUUAAAGAGCUCAAGGCUUUGAUCGAUCAUCUGAGUGAGCCAGAAAAGGAAGCCGUGGAAUUCCGUCAAGUCAUCGCCAGCAGUACUAUCGCCGACAAGCCUAUCGUGGACAGCCUGAGACGUUCUUUGAGUCUGUUGCAGGAGGCAGUCAAUAAAACGACACUGGGGUAUAGAGUUGUGGAAGAUAGAGAGACCAUCCGUGUAAGUGAUCUGGCUGGAAACAUGUUAGGCACCGGUGCUCUAUGGCCCUACCGGCUCAUCACAAUUCUUCAGAAACAUCUGCUGGAUACUCAUGGAAGUCGCUUCAGCUUGGAGACCAACACCCCCGUUGUUUCGAUAUCUUGUGACGAGAAUGUAUCUCAAAAUGAGCCUGAGUAUGUGCUACAGACACCAAGAGGCGCCAUUAGAGCACGCAAGGUAAUUCAUUGCACCAACGGAUAUUCUUCCCAUUUGUUGCCGAGCCUGACCGGAAGCCUUUAUCCUCUGAGAGGAACGGUUUCGGUCCAAGACCCGGGACUCUCAUUCCCCAGGCUCGGCGACAAGUAUUCGUGGACCAAGAUUCACAGCGGCGGGUACGAUCCCAAAACUAGACGCUUCACCACUGGCCUUUAUUAUGCCCAACAGAACGCAAAGACUGGCGAGAUUGUUAUUGGAGGGGAGAGUCAAGAGAUUGAAAACCUCCUAACGAGCGAUGAUUCCCAAGUCGCAGCUUCAGCUAGAGACCAUAUUUCAUCGAUCGUCCCGAAGAUCUUCCUCGACGCGGAUGAUGCCAAGACGAAGAAGGUGUGGUCUGGAAUCAUGGGGUUUACUGCGGAUAAUCUGCCUAUGAUAGGAAACCUGAGCCGCAAAACAACUGGGAGGACAGGCAGCGAUGAGUGGAUUGCUGCAGGUUUCAACGGCCACGGCAUGGACAAGUGUUGGUUGAGUGGGCAAGCAGUGGCAAAGAUGGCACUCGGCGAGGACGUGCCGUGUUGGCUACCGGAAUCGUUCCUCGUCAGUGAGGAGAGAUUGAAGGGAUGCACAUUGGAUGCUGCUGCUGACGGAAUGAUGAGCUUGUUUACUGAUGAGUCGUCGAAUUUGUGAGCGCUUGUUAAGUGUUCUUAGACUUGACUGUUACUGCUGUCUCCUUGUGUGCCAUAUUCUACAGUCAAUGACAGAAUUCAUGAUAU